GGGGUGGGGUGGGGGGGGUCGCGGGGGCAGCGAUGCUCACACACAGUGCGGUGGUGUAUCUGUUCCUAUUCUCUCCCGUUUGCCGUCCGUUCGCGCAGAAUGUGAGAGGUCUCAACACGUGUACAAGUGGACAUGCUACCUCGUGCCGCGAUUGCCUGCUUAUCCACCCUGACUGCGGCUGGUGUGUGGACGAGGAAUUUGGCCACAAGGGAACCAUCUCUUCAAGAUGUGACUUUAGGGAUAACUUGAUUGAAAGAGGAUGCAGAAAGCAAUUUAUCGAGAGCCCUCAAAGCAGUAUACGGAGAAAGAAACUUCCUCUCAGCCAUAAGGGAUCAGGAUCCACACAAUCUGAUGUUAUUCAACUAACUCCUCAGAAGAUUGCUCUCAGUCUAAGGCCAGAUGCAGAGACCACGUUUCGAAUGAAGGUGCGUCAGGUGGAGGAUUACCCGGUGGAUUUGUACUACCUGAUGGACCUUUCACUCUCCAUGAAGGACGACCUUGACAAUAUCCGGGUGUUGGGCACUACACUCUCUCGGGAGAUGGCGAAGCUCACCAGCAACUUCCGUCUCGGCUUUGGGACGUUUGUGGACAAGCCCACAUCACCGUUUUCAUACACCGGAUCCAAGUAUCAGAACAACCCAUGUCUAGGGUAUAAGUUAUUCCCACAAUGUGUCCCGUCCUUUGGUUUCCGGCACCUUCUGUCACUGACUGACAAGUCCGACAAAUUCAACGCAGAAGUCCAGAAGCAGUUGGUGUCAAGGAACCGCGAUGCCCCAGAAGGUGGCUUUGAUGCUAUCCUGCAAGCAGCUGUCUGUAAGGAAAAAAUCGGCUGGCGGAAGGAGGCUUCUCACUUGCUGGUGUUCACAACAGAUGAUGUCCCUCACAUUGCCCUGGAUGGCAAGCUUGGUGGCCUGGUACAACCCAAUGAUGGGCAAUGUCACCUCGAAGAGAUUAAUGAGAGCUAUGAAUAUAGUGCCUCCACACAAAUGGAUUACCCAUCACUUGCCCUCCUUGGAGAAAAGCUGGCGGAGAACAACAUCAAUUUGAUAUUUGCCGUGACCCAGACCCACUAUAUACUCUACAAGAAUUACACUCGUCUAAUUCCUGGGACAACGGUGGAAAUCCUUGACAAAGAUUCGAAGAAUAUCAUCCAGCUGAUUGUAAAUGCUUACAGUAGUAUCCGGUCUAAAGUUGAGCUCACCGUAUGGGAACAACCAGAAGACAUCAACCUGUCCUUGACAGCCACGUGUCAAGAUGGUGUUUCCCGCCCUGGGGAGAGGAAGUGCGGUGACCUGAAGAUCGGGGACACUGUGUCCUUUGACGUGACCGUAAAAGCGAGGAGUUGUCCAGACUACCCGACAAGAAACAGCUUCACCAUAAAACCCGUCGGCUUCAAAGACUCGUUGAACAUAACAGUCAGCUAUGACUGCAGCUGUGACUGCAUGAGCCAGGUAGACGUUAACAGCUCCAAGUGCAACAGUAAUGGGACCUACGAGUGUGGGAUCUGUAAGUGUGACCCCGGCUUUCUGGGAAGCAAGUGCGAGUGUGAGGAGGGAGUGACCAGUGUGGUGUCUCACUCUCUGUGCCGGGAGGCGGAGGGCAAGUCUAUCUGCAGUGGCAGGGGAGAGUGCAGCUGUAACCGCUGCGUCUGCUACGAAAGCGAGUUUGGGAGGAUUUACGGGACAUUCUGUGAAUGUGAUGACUUUUCGUGUGCAAGGCACAAGGGCAUCCUCUGCUCAGGUCAUGGGGAGUGCCAGUGCGGUGAAUGCCGAUGCCAAGCCGGCUGGAUCGGGGACAACUGUAACUGCUCGACGCAAACCAACUCAUGUCUCUCCAACGACGGGCAGGUCUGCAGCGGCCGAGGCAACUGCAUCUGCGGCCAAUGUGUUUGUGCUGAACCUGGCGCCUUUGGGAACACUUGUGAGAAAUGCCCGACAUGUCCAGAUGCCUGUGGCACGAAAAGGGAAUGCAUUGAGUGCAGACUGUUUAACUCAGGAAGACUGGCUGACAAUCAAACCUGUCAAAGACACUGUAAGGAUGAGAUCUUGACGGUGGACGUGCUCAAAACAGAUGAGGAGAAUGCAGUUCUGUGUCUGUACAAGACCGAAAAUGACUGUGUGAUGAGAUUUACCUACUCCGAACACGUCAGUGGGAAAUCUAUUCUUACUGCCCUGAAAGAACCAGAAUGUGCCAGCGAGGCUCUGUCAGUGUCGGUCCUGCUGGCGGUGGUGGGGAUUAUCCUGGCUGUGGGCAUCGUCUUGCUCGCCAUCUGGAAGUUGAUUGUCACGGUCCACGAUAGGCGGGAGUUUGCCAGGUUUCAAAGUGAGCGUUCCAGAGCCAGAUACGAGAUGGCAAGCAAUCCUCUGUACCGGCAGCCCAUCACCACUCAUAAUGUGGAGACUGUUUCAACUAUGCACAACAAAUCUUACAACGGUAUCGUUGAAUGAUUGAGGAGCGGGAGUCCCAACAGCGAAUGCGGUAUUCCCUCCGCACUACCAGCAAGAGCCCAUUUGGUUUUGCGUUACUGACCUAGCAACUGGAAGUCCUGCCCUCCAACGCUGGUGGGCAGUAUUCUUGAAGCGAGUCUGAAUCGUCAGCGUUCUGUGUAAAGACUUGGUACUUUGGCAUCUGGCUGAUUUGAGACAGUUGACCUUCACCCAGUUGUCCGCCCUCUUCCGCCUUCCCCAGUAGUAAGUUCUUGCCUCUCUGCCCCCACCCUCCGGGACUCCAUCCCACAGUCCCUUCGCCUUG